AUGCAUGUCGACAAACAAAAGAAUGCGAAAAAUAAACAAAAUAACACCAUAAUAAAUACAUCAGAGGAUAUGAUUGUGGGCCCAGGCCAUGUCGCACAGGUUGUGAGCCGGUGGACUAAAAUUUCCCUCGCCACACUUCAUCAAGGGGAGAAGGAGAAGUUGAUCGACUUAGCGAAAAAAUUGCAUGAGCGAGUUGUUGGGCAGGAUGAAGCGGUCAAUUCGGUUGCAAAAGCAGUGUUGCGUUCAAGGGUCGGCUUUGGUCAAUCUGAACAACUUAUAAACUCAUUCCUUUUUUUGGGAUUCCUUGGUGUUGGUAAAACAGAACUUGCUAAAGCUCUCGCUGUGAAGAUAUUUGACACUCAAAAGGCGUUGAUUCGCUUUGAUAUGUCUGAAUAUGCUGAGAGUGGAUCUGUGUCACGUCUAAUCGGUGGACCUCGAAGCUAUGAAGAAGAUGGACAACUCACCGAGAAAGUGAAGAGCUGUCCAUACAGUGUUGUCCUAUUUGACCAAGUGCAUAAAGCAGAACCCUCAGUAUUUAAACUUUUUAUUCAAAUCCUUGAUGAUGGUAUGUUGACCGAUGGAAAAGGACGGCUUGUCAACUUCAAGAAUACUAUCAUCAUUAUGACUACGAAUUUGGGAGCAAACCACCUAACAUCAAGAAUCACCGGAGAGAGCACCAUGAGAGCUGGAAGAGAUCUUCUAACGAAAGAGAUUGAGAAAUGCUUCAAGCCUGAACUAAUGAAUAGACUGAGUGAGAUUGUGACAUUUGAGCCACUUUCACAUGACGAACUAAGGGAGGUUGUGAAAAUCCAGAUGAAGAAUGUCACCGCCAUGGUAGCUAACAAGGGUGUCUCUCUAGUUACAACUGAUGCCGCUCUGGAUGUCAUUUGGUCAGAAGCACAUGAUCCAGUGUACGGUGCAAGGCCUAUAAAAAGGUGGGUGCAAAAGCAUGUGACGGCAAUUCUCUCAGACAUGAUGGUCAAUGGAGAAGCAUGUGAAGGCUCCACCAUCUCCAUCGACGCAACAGAGGAUAAGAUGGGGCUGAAGUACCAAGUACUAAACUGA